CGGAGUCGUCGUGUGUCGGCCCACGCCCUGGCGCGAGGAACAACAAUGGAUUUCUCCGAGAACGAGCGUUAGUUUUUAAAGGAGCGAUUCCUCCGAAUGUACGAACACUACUCAUGAUUUAAUUGUCUGAUCUUCCACCAAGCAAGGAAUCUAAGAAGGCCUUGGCAGCUGUCUUCGCGUAGAAAAAUCCUUUAGAGAAAAUAAUAUCUCGGUCGCAAAAUUUUCGGUUAAGGAUUCUUGAAAUUGACUGAAAAAAUAUAGAAAAACGGGCGAAAAUGCAGAAAGGGGAUGACUUUCCUCGAGAAGGGAUGAAAAUGAUCGAGUGAGGUUAGGAGUACUUCGCGGAAAGAGGAGAUAAGGUUGUUGAGAAGGGAAGAACUCGGAGGGAAACAAAAUGGCGGACGAGGAAGCAACCGACGUGGAAGACUACGUAGAGGGUGAGACCGAAACCGAAACGGAAGGGUUAGCCACCACCGAAGGGGAGGUUACAGCAGGGGAAGAGACCGCGGAGACUGCGGAAUCGGCGAAAGGGGAUGAAAAGAUCGAUGAUGAAGGGGAAGAGACUAAACCUAAGAAAAGAAAGAGACGUAGGAAAAGAGAAGAUAGCUGCUGGCCGAAGGAGGAGAAUAUCUGCGCCGAAGGCGAGCCAUUGUGGCGCAUCUACAUGAAAUCGUACGUGGAACGGGAGGAGAAGUUGAAAUCAGAGGACAAGUACUUGCAGAGGAAGCCGGGGAAUUUUCCAAAAUUUCCCAACCUGGAGUCCAGCGAGGGAACGUUUCCUCCUCCCUCGUGUCUCCCUCAAAACGCGUUCAACGCGAGGAAAAAAAUAAAACUGCCAUCCAGGUUGAACCCCGAGGAGAAAACCCGAAUUUGGAGGAAGCUGCGAGAAGCGUCAUCGGUGGAGGGUGCGGAAGGAGUCGAGCAGAUUUCGAAGGACGAAGGCGAAAAAUGGCCAGGAGUGUGGCCUUGCUUGAAACAAGGAGAGGUGGAGGGAAGAAGGAAAAGAAGGAAGAAAGGAGGCACUCCCUGCGAGGAGGAGAGAGACAGAAGCUCGAGUCUGGACAACGCGAAGGAGGAUUACGCGGAUUUUAAGGAACUGGGACAUGCCAGGAUCCCGGAGACGUGUCCUAAAAAGGAGAAAAAUCUCCUGGUGGACAGGGCGGCAGGGGAGCAUCCUGGUUUGGUGGAUGGGGAUUAUAUUGUCUCGGUACUCUCCUCGAAGAAGAGGUCCGACAGGGUCUACGCCACCGUCUGUCUUCGAGGGUUAAAGGGCAUGCACCUUCCGGAGCUGGACGUCUCCAGGACUCGUUGGGGCACCUGGAAGUUCUGCUUCUAUCAGGCUGUUGUGGCUCUCCUGGUAAAGACGCAAUUGCGGUAUAAAUUUGCUUGGGGGGCCAACAUCGACUACAUAUACGACCAUGCGUGGCUGCUCUUCGUGCACAUGGGGAGCCUCAAGAUCAGGGAACAUCAGCGACUCGACGACGUGGUGGUGUAUAAUUACAGGUACAGCGUGGAGGUGGAGCUGGUGCAGGAGCUGAAGGAUCUGCCGAGGAUGGAGACUGUCAGCUGGGACUAUUUAGAGAAGAAUUUCAGGUCGACCCGGAAGACUAGCAGGCCGGAACUGAUGCACACGAGGGACACGAUGGGCUGGCAGAAGACAACGGAUCGUCAGACAUCGCCGAUUCACGAGAGCACCAGGAAACUGGAGGAAUGGUUCGAUGGACUGGAAGAUCGGUUUUUCAACUGCAUCUUCAGGACCCCCAGGUUCUGUCUGGCCUUCUGGAGGGACGGCUUCUUCUGGUACCUCUACAACCCGUACCGCUGCGACGAGUUCGGGUUCUGGGACGACCAGGGCUACGCAUGCAUCCUGAAGUUCUGCACGAAGAAGUCCCUGAAGAGACACUUGAUGAUCCUGCUCCUGAGAGCGUACGCGUACGAGAGAUGCGGUGACGUUCGAGGCCAGGAUGCUGAAAAGGAAGAGGAGAAGGAAAAAGAUGAGGAGAAAAAUUCGGAGGGCCUCUUCAGCGUGCAGAUCUACCAAAUGAUCUACCACUGCGGCCAGUUGCAUAAUUUAAGACUGAUGCAGCGCGUCCCUCCGAAGCCCAGGACACGUUUAGUCCCUGCCAAGGUUUCGGAUCCUUGUAGCUACGAUCCCCUAGAUAUCUACGACCCCUGCGAAGACCCUGAAGAGGCCGGUGCCGCCGAAGAGCCCCGAUGGCUGAAGAGAUACAGGAUCACCUGGAGCAAGUGCAGGAGGAAAAGGACCUCGAGUCCUGCCAAGCUCCGCUGGCACCAGUUCUACGUCGAGGAGCCCAACAAGUUGUUCUCCCUCUGGGGCGAACUACACACGACCCAGCGAUUGUUCCCUGAAGAGAACAGGGGUAAGCAGAUGUACGCAUGUUACGUGGUUUGCGCAGGAAUGACGAGAAUAAUGGCCCCGGAGUACUGGACUGCCAAGACUCUGGACGCCAUUGUUAUGUGCGGCGACAAGUACUACACAAUGAGCAAGUUGGGCUCCCGGCGAGACCCUGAGGAGGACCCUGAAGAGUUUCUCUCUCAGGAUUGUCCAACUCGCCUGGGCAGGAGCUUCAAAAUCGGCGAGACCUUCUUCGAGGUCGACAUCUUGCCGGCCAUUUGUGGAAGACUUUACGCCAAGUCGGGGAAAAAUCUUCGUCAGAGCCUAGAGAAGAUGUUCCUGAAGCAUCAUUUUGGUAUCCUGACGUGUGAGAGUACUUGCGUGGGGCUCUUCAAGUUUUGUGGCGCGUAUUACAUGUGCGAUGUCCGCUCUUCAGGGCCACCCAUUUUCCAAUAUGGAGACGGGGUAGCCUAUCUUAUCAGGACGACCGGUCUCCACGUGCUCAUGGUGGUUUUAGUCCUCACCAUCGGUGCUCCUGAAUGCAGCCAGUUCGUUUUAAAUCCUAUCGACAUCCUCAGGGUGGUUGACAUGGGGUCUGUAGAUCCUGGGGGAAGUUCGGAGUUGCCGGAGAGUCCUGCAAGGGAGGUUUGCCCCUUUGAGGACGACAGGAGCCCGGAUCCGAAGAAGUGGAGGCCAAAAGCUGCCAAGAUCGAUCGGAAAACCAUCGAUCGCGUUUCUUGCCGAGAAAGUCCGAAGAGGCCCUCGAAGAAGCGGAACGGGUGCUCUUAAAUUUUGUUCCUGGUGAAGAUGAUGAAGGGCCGGCUGGAGAAUUCUGAAUUCCUGAAAAAUAUCCGAUGAAGAGCCGAUUGCCUCUUCAGGUCCCGGAACCUCCAGUGGAGGCUCUUCAAGGGUGCACCCAGUGGCCGGAAAUUUCGCGCUAUAAAUUGUAGCUGCGGGAUACUUAAACAGCUUCCCCGUUGCGAUGACUGAAACCUUUGAAAAAUCAAUAUCCGACGAAGCCCGAGGAGUUUUCUCUCUCUAUACAGCAAUCAGCCGCAAAGAAGCGCUCGGAGGGCCGAGGGUUGCAAAACGGGCGCGGAAUCCGGCCAUCGUCGAAGAAGCGCCCUUGGAUCCGCGAUUGAAUUUUCCCCUCGGGAUCCGCAUCUCCCGCGGAUGAGUCGCAAUUUUCCCCGGAAUC